ACCUGCGCAUGUCGUGGCCUUGCUCACAUUCGUAACAAUAUGAAUAUGUGUUUAUUUCUUCGAGAUCAUAUAGCACAUCAUAUCGUGGGCUUACAAGGAAAAGGCACUAAGUCCAAAAAUGCAGAAAAUUAUAUUUUCAUAGUAAUAAGUCCAAAAGUAUGUGUUUUAUGUACAGGGAAAAAGCACUAAGUCAUAUCUCAUAACAACACCUCAACAAUGUAAAAACAUAAAAUCACUAAGUCCGAUGUAGACUCGUAUUGUCAGAGAAAAAGCACUAAGUGCACUUAAUGCUUUUUGUCUGUAUACUUUCAUCAAAUCUACAAUGAAUUGUAUAAGCAGAAUGCAUUAAGUCAAUAAUCGAUACUAUGUCAAUAAUCGAUCACAUAGAUCAAUAGGGAUCUAGUAAGCAGUGAUCAACAGUGUUUAAUGUAGGUCAGGUUAAUUUACAUGGGUGAUGAACAAUAAUGCGUUACUAGAAUGAAUAGAGGAAGAAUUAUUGUGGAGUUAGCUUUGCAGCAAGCUAAUGAAGUAGCAGGUAAGCAAUUCUUUUAAUAACAUUAAUUUGUGGAAUUAACAUUAAGUUUAAUGAUUUCAGGUUAUAGUGUAGUAAAAAGCUUAGUGGCAACUGUAAAACAGUUGCCAUUUUUACCAUUUUCAAAACAAUUAGAAAGAGAUUAUUGUUUUGAAUUAGCUCAUGUAAAUGGGAAAUCAAAUCUAACUGAUCCAUCAAAAUUUGGCAUCGUGUUGGAUACAGUCUCAAUUGAAUUCCCAUGUAAACACGCAAUGUAUUAAAAAUGUUUGUAAAUAGACCAAUGGCUUUGGAGUUUACCUGUUUAGCCAGUAAACCACUGAAUUAAAAGUAGAUAAAAUAUUUUAUUGAUAGUUUCCAUUUUCAAUUCAUUAAAACUAUUCUUACGUACUGAAUUGCAACAUUGACAAUGUGUGUUGCAAAUGAAUAGUUUUCGGGCUACUGGAAUAUAAUUUACUGCAACAAUUAUGUUCCAGGAUGCAGCACACAAAUAAAUUCCCCAGAAAGUUCAUCAAUUACCAGCGAACAAGAAGCUGUUUCAAACACUUUACGUCAUGAUGUUCUCGGAAGUGAUUUUUCAGAUGUGGAUCCUGAUUACAAGCCUGACUCUGACAUGUCAGAAGAUGACAAAACACCGAAGAGAUGCGCAGCUCGAGCAGAUGUUAGCAGUGGAAGCAGGUGGAGAAAAAGGAACCCUAGCAAAUGGAAGCGCAAUGUAGAAAAGGAAAAACGUAAGGGUGGUUUGCCUCAUAAAAUAAAACAUUUGCAACGUGCUGCUAAAGUUCCUAAAACUGUAAACUGUUUAAUGUGUAGAUUUAAAUGUGCUCAAACGUUUUCUGAAGAAAAACAAAAGGAGAUCUGUUCGACUUACUGGAAGCUAGAUGAUUAUCGAAGACAAAAAGACUUCAUUCUUCACUGUGUUACGAGCAGUACACCAGAGAGGAGGAGACUCCGCCAGGACAGUGGCACACAUCGUACAGAUGCCAAAAAGUAUUUCUUUGAACAAGAAGGAGAAAGAAUUAGAGUUUGCCAAGCUUUUUUCCUGAAAACCCUAUGCAUUAGCAACAAGGUCAUUCUGACUGCAUUUAAGCACAAAAGCAUGUGUGGCAGUUUUUCAGGUGAGGAUUUGCGAGGAAAACAUCCACCAGCAAACAAGACAAUACCAGAAGUAAUAGAAGAUGUUAAAUGCCAUAUUGAGAGUUUUCCUGUUGUAGAAUCACAUUAUUCAAGGAAAUCCACAAAACGUUUAUACCUAGAUAGCAAACUUAGCAUUGCACAAAUGUACCAUUUAUACACAGAUAAAUGCAAGAACGAAGGGAAAAUGCCUGCUUCUCAAAUAACAUACAGGAGAAUUUUCGGUAAUGAGUACAACAUGUCAUUUUAUAAGCCGAAAAAGGACCGGUGCAGUUUGUGUGCAAAAUAUGAUAAUGCCACACAUGAAGAAAAGUUAAGACUUCAAGAACAAUACUGUGCACAUCAGAAACGGAAAGAAGAAUGCAAUACGGCCAAGUCCAUUGAUAAAGAAAGAGCAACAACAGAUCCAAGCUUUGUGUCAGCCACAUUUGAUUUGCAGUCAGUGCUCCAAAUUCCAUCUUCAGAUGUCAGCCUACUGUACUAUAGUAGAAAACUCUGUGCCUAUAAUUUCACAGUUUAUGAGUGUAGCACGAACACAAAUUCGGCAUACUGUUUUGCAUGGACAGAAAUCAAUGGCAAAAGGGGCAGUACAGAAAUUGGUACUUGUUUGUUCGAUUAUUUGACAGGCCUUCCGGAACAGGUAACUGAGGUCUCAUUGUUUUCGGACACUUGUGGAGGCCAAAAUAGGAACAAACAUGUUGCAGCACUCCUUUUGUAUGAUGUACAAACUACGCAUCUUCAAGAAAUUGAACACAAGUUCUUGGAGAGUGGACACACGUACAUGGAAGUAGAUUCAAUGCACAGUGCCAUUGAAAAGGCUAAGAAAUACGUCCCAGUGUACAGUAUGCAGGACUGGUUGGUAAUAUUCAGAAUCGCUCGAUCAAAACGACUUCGGAAUAAGAGAAAUGAGCCAUACAUCGUAAAGGAAUUAAAAUAUUCUGAUUUCUACAACAUUCAACAGCUGACUCAGUUGCUGAUGAAAAACACAACAAAAGAUGUUACUGGUGCUACUGUUAAAUGGCUCCAAGUAAAGUGCUUCAAGUACUCUAAAGAAGCUCCUUGGGUUUUACAGUACAAGUACGAACAUUCUGGUGAAUAUCAAGCAAUCAGGGUUCUUGGAAAAGGGCGGGCUGCAUGUCCAAAGCAGUUGUUAAAAGCAUACUCCAACCCAUUGCCAAUCAGUGUUGCAAAGAAGAACGAUCUCCAAAAACUCUGCCGAUCUGGUAUUAUUCCCGAAGAACUACAUGGUUGGUACAAUAAUUUACCAACAUCUGACACUAUAACUGACAUACUUCCAGGACCUGCUGUUGAAGAUAGUGGAAGUGAUGAUUCAGAAGAUGAUCACUAAGAAGCUGAUGAAGAAACUCAUCUUUAUAAAUGACAGUGAUUAUACUAGGAAGACAGAGUGUGUGCAUAAACUUGCCGAGUUAGCCUCGAGUGUGAUUGUCGUACUUUAAUUAAGGGACAGUUGAAAUUGUUAGUUCCAGUGUCUUUAAAUUUUAGUAAUUUAGCCAGACUUUGUUAAAUUCCAAAUUUGUAUUACAAUAACUGCUAAAAAGGGAAGUUUGUGCAAUGUUUUGUGAGACUAUCAAGUUACACAUUUAUCAAUCAGUGUGACAGUUGUCAUUUUCAGAUCCUACGUCUUUAAAUAGAAGUUAAAUAGCCAGAUUUUGUUAAACGUAAAAAUGUGUAUUACCACAAUACCAAUUAAUACAGUAAUUUGCAACGUUUUGUGAAGUAACUGUCAAGUGACACAUUUUUCAAUCAGUGCGACAGUUGUCAUUGUUCCUGUGGCUUUAAAUUGUUAUAAAAGAGCCAGCCUUUGUAACAUUUUUGUUAUUCCUGUAUCUAUGAAUUGUAAUAAAAAGCCACACUUUGUUACACUUUUAGUUUGUGUCUUUAAAGUGUAGUAAAAUAGCUAGACUAUGCUAACAUGUACAAUAAUGCUAAGAAUGCAGUGAGUGCAAAAUUUGAGAAGAACACACCUAUCAAGUGACACAUUUUUCAAUAGUGUGACAGUUGUCAUUUUUACUUUCUGUGUGUCUUUUUACUGUAUUAGAAUGGUCCGAUUUUGCUGAACUUAAAAAUGAGUAUUACGAGGAAGAAUAAUGUGUGCAAUAUCGUGUUAAGUUAUUAUUUAGUAGCAUUUAAGUGAGCCAAACAGAGACAGUUACAGUUAGUAAGUCAGUUCCUGUGUACUUAAGAUUGAGUUAGUAAGUUCCAACAACAUUUUAAAAGGAGUUGAAUAAAUGCAUGUUUAAAAUAAUUUAAGUUUAUUGGUUGGUUUCCAAAAUUAGAUUUUUGAGAAGAGUUCAUACUUUUAAAUACAUUUUACUCAAAACAUACAUUUUGGACUUAGUGCCUUUUCCUCGUAAGCCCACGAUAUAUAUAAUAAAAAUUAAAGAAAUGAGUUAUAAUAUACACUAAAAAUAUUUGAACUUCAAAUAAUAACGUAGAGAGAGAGAAAGAGAGAGAAAGAAAAA